AAUACGAAGCCUGAACAGCAGUUAAGCACAAGUCAACGAAAGUCACCCUAGAUUUAGCAGAGAUGACAAUGACGUCGUGAUGCCUUUUCGAUUUCAAGCCCUCCGUCAAUGUAAUUUCCUUCAGGUAUGGUCGACUCCUCUAUGAUGCCUCAGAUGGGCUACCUAGUAGACUUACGUCAUGUCUCAGUCUACGGGAGUUUCUACGCCAUCGCAGACGUGGCAUUCUGUCUAGGAUAUGCCAUCGGACCGGCUUUGGGGGGUUCUAUCGUCAAGCUUGUUGGCUUCAGGUGGAUGUUAUACGGGAUAGCGAUAGUCAAUCUGAUCUACGGUCCAUUACUCUACUUUCUGAAGAGCCCUCCGUCAAGAGCUGAAAAGCAGGCUUUGAUAAUGAAUGGGACGACACCCCCUGUCCAGUACGUGACCUACAACCAGAAUCACGGCUCCCAAUCGACAGAAAAUCUGACCAGAACAGGCGAGGAUUUGGGAAUUGGUGAGGAUGGAUAUUCCCCCGACGAUGGUCCGUAGACGUAGUUUGCAAGUUUGCCCGGAACACGAAAUAGGAUAGAAGAUAUCAGAGUAUAAAA